CUUUGUGUUAGAUGGCGGUGGCGGUGCGGAGCUUGCAAGACCAGCUCGAAAAAGCCAAGGAAAGCUUAAAAAAUGUGGACGAUAAUAUUCGCAAAUUGACCGGACGGGAUCCCAAUGAGUCAAGACCGGGCCAGGUCCGUCGGCUCGGCGGCCCCAUAGCAGGCCUCGGAGGAGGUAGAGGCAGAGGAAUCAACCUGCUCAGGCGUAGUCUCUCAGACAUGGGAAGCGGCGGCCCUCCUGCCAAGCAGAGGGACAUCGAAGGAGCCCUGCUGAGGCUGGCAGGGGACCAGAGGGCCCGGAGAGAUACGCGUCACGACAGCGACGCCGAAGAUGAUGACGAUGUCAAAAAGCCGGCGUUGCAGUCGUCUGUAGUAGCUACCUCCAAAGAGAGAACACGCCGAGAUCUUAUUCAGGAUCAAACCAUGGAUGAGAAGGGCAAACAGAGGAAUCGGCGCAUGUUUGGCCUGCUGAUGGGCACACUGCAGAAAUUCAAGCAGGAGUCCAAUGUCUCUUCUGAGAAGCAAAAGCGACGUUCAGAGAUUGAGCAGAAACUCGAGGUUCAGGCAGAGGCUGAGAGAAAGAAGGUGGAGAAUGAAAAAAGGGAGCUGUUUGAAGAGAGGAGAGCCAAGCAGACAGAGUUGAGACUACUGGAACAGAAAGUGGAAUUAGCUCAACUGCAAGAGGAGUGGACUGGCCACAAUAAUCGCCUGGUGAAAUACAUUCGCACCAAGACUAAACCUCACAUCUUCUACCUGCCUGGAAAAAUGUGCUCCGCAACACAGAAACUCCUCGAUGACUCCACCAAGAAACUAAAUGCUGUGUUUGAAGAGAGGCGUGAGGCAUUUGCCGAACACCUCAGCAAGAUGGAGUCGCGUCCCCGGCGACAGCCAAACCGCGACCAGGACGGCAACACAGCGGCCACAGGAACGGACCACACGGUGGAGGGUAAGCCAGCAGGUCAGGUAGUCAAGGUGACAGGUAAUAAGGGUACUAUAGAGAUGGAGGAAGAGGAGGAUGAGGACGAGGAGGAGGAGGAGGAGGAAAGGGAAAAGGUGGGGGAUAGAAAGGUGGCAGAGAGGGAUGAUAGGGAGCAGAGGGAGGGAGGAGAGAAAGAACUGAAGAAGGAAGAGGAGGAAGGGAUGGAGCUGAGUGAGGAGGGAAGUGAGGAGAAGAAGGGAGAGGAACAGAAGGGAGACAAGGAGGCGAGUCCAGGGUCAGAGGAGAUGGAGGUGGAGCAGGGGGCAGAGAAGGAGGAUAGAGGUAAGGAAAAAGAGGCAGAAACAGACAGUAGACAGGGGCCCACAGACCUCCAAAAUGAAACGACUGAGGACAUCCAGUCUUCUGAACCAACUGUAAGCAAUCAGGAAGCACCAAAUGCAAGUCAUCAGCCUCUACCCAGCUAUGCUGCAGGGGAACCAGCAGUAGAGUCCCCUGUGACCCAGGGGCCCUCUCCGAUCCCAGAACCCCAAACAGUCUCUGCCAUGCCUGAGCAGGAUUUUGCCAUCCCUGGAUUUAAGGCUCAGGACUCUAGUGUCGAGCACCAGGCAGUGGAAGAAAAACCAGCAGAAGACGCCCCACCAAAACUGUCCGAUUCCCAGGAGAACCCCAUCAUUACCCCUGCUAAGGAGGAUGAGAAUGGCAGCAGGGGUCGGAAGAAGGAAAAGGAAUCGAGAAAAGGUCGCAGUCGUAGUAACAGCUCCUCGUCUUCCUCCUCCGGCUCUUCCUCCAGUGGAAGUUCUUCUUCUUCCUCUGGAUCUAGCCGCUCCUCGUCGUCGUCUUCAUCCUCCUCAUCCUCGUCGUCCAACAGCAGCAGCCGAAGUCGCAGCCGGGAGAGCGGCAAGCGCAAGAGGAGGCCGUCGGAUAGAGGCAGGGACAGGAAGAAAGGAGAAGAGAGAAGUCAUCACAAGAGAGGAGGGAGUAGCGGAGGAGGAAGGGACUCCAAGGGAUCGAAGGAGAGGAGGAAGAGGAGGAGCGAGGAAGGGAGGGGCAGGUCUUCCCGGAGUGAUAGGGAGCAUAAAGAUAGAGAUAGGAAGGACAAGAGACGCUAAUCUGGUUCUCAUGCAGCUUCUGUAAAAACACUGAGGGAAGAUAAACCUCCAAAUUUUUACUUUAUGACACCAGACGAGUUUUUAAAAGUAGUAUUUCUUUUCAAAACAACCAGUUUUUCAACUGGGCCCAUCGCAAGUUUUAACAUUGAGGAACUUUUUGGUGUCAUUUAUAUGGCAGUAUCGAAAUUAAAUGGAUGACUGGUUAUGAUUUUCCUCUUCUUUUUCCUUUUGCUUGGCAAACAAGUAGGCCUGUUGGUCACAGGGGGAUCUUACAGGAGAAACACUGUCUCUUACACAGUCACUAAUAUGGAGCCUUUACUACACAGAUCAGAUAGGAGAGACGUCAUUCUAGUCCCAUUAUUUCAGAUUUGGAUUUUGAAAAGAUUCUCAUGAUGCUAUGAAGAAAAAAAAUGGUGUUGAAUGUUUUUCUAGUUUUCAUCCUAGUCCUAUGGCCUAAGGCUGGGGUAUUGAUGGUUACAGUAGGAGUGACCAUUCACAUAUGGUAGUUGUUUAAGUUGUUGUGACAACGCUGUUAAUCUCCAUUUAUUUCCACUGUUUGAUCAAUGUCAAGUGUGAUUUGCUCAAAUGUUGGCUUUUGAAACUGUAUUUCCAUGUUUUUUGUUUUGUUUUGUUUUUUUCGUACCAAAUGAAUCUGCUUCAAAUUAAAGGUGGGGUAUUAGAAGAAA